UCUUUCUUGUGAUGAAACUGAGGAAGCGUAUGAAUAUAUUUCAGUAAUUUUUUUUUUUUCGAUAAAAUCUUUGAAAAUGUGUCUUGUAUCCCAAGCUACAUAGAUAUAGAAUCAGGGGCUUCGCAAUACGAUUCUCGCAAAGAUGAUAUCUCCAACGCAGAUUUCCGAAGGCCGAGGAUCUCAGAAUUCUGCUUCAUUCAGGGAAACUCCCUUGCAGAUUAUCCAUGUUAUUGGCAAUUUCAUGAGGAUCUGGUCAGUUUACUCCAUGUACCGAUUUUUGUCUCAGACUGGAGCAUCAGUUGUCCUGUUUAUUUUCAGUUGUCUGGUUCCAUCAUCAGUCAUAUUUUUAGCUUUGCAAAAGCCCUGGAAGGGCAGACCCCUCACUAACGCACAGGUAGUACCUUCGAUAAUAAAUGGUGGCAUAACAGCUUUAUACUUCAUCUUGUGGGGCAAGGGCCUCAAAUCCUGUGGCCCAGUCAGAGCUAUUUUGGCUGAGUAUUCUGGUGCUGUUCUUGGAGUCUUGUCAGCACUUUUGUAUGGUUGGAAGGGCCAUGUCUGGAAAAAGGUGGGCGGGCUCAUUGCGAUGCUUACAUCUUUCUACUUCUUAUCUCUAGGGUGGGCUACAGCCACAUCUUCUCCAUUUUCAUUUAAAGAUAUCCUUGAUACUGAGAAUCGGACAGAACGAGUUUUGGGGAUGAAGGAAAUGGCAAUCCCUAUCUUUGCUGGAAUUUUGUCUGCAUUGAGAAGGGUGAUUGCACGGCGUGUUUCACUCAAGAACCAACUCAAAAGGCGGCUUCAUGCAAUAACAACUGCUUCUGCUACAUGUUUUCUAUUUCCUGUGGCCAUGUGGGACAUGAUUAUAGGAACAUCAUCCGAAGGCAGCAGACAGUUACCAUUUUCUACUUGGGCGUAUUUGAGCACCAUUCUAUUUGGAAUUAUCUUGAUAUUCUAUGUUGACAGUAUCGCAGAGGAGAGGUUGCAUAUGGUUUUUUCUUCUCCAAGGCAUUUAAUGGUAGCUGGAGGAUGCAUCAUUGUCAUGGAGAUUGUGUACAAAAUGGAUUUUUCUCUACCAGGCUUUCUGAUUUGCUCAAUAAUUUUAGGCUUUGGGAUAUUUGAAGCCACUUCUUUGGAUCGUAAUAGGAAAGGUUCUCAAACUCCAGAUCUAUCAAAUGAAAUUUUAGGGGACCAAAUUCAGAUGCAUUCGCUUCCAACUUGAAUAGCAUUUUGAUUGGGUUAUCUAGCAGUUCUACUGUCAGCAUUUGUUGCAGAAGCACUGGUUCUGUUUAGUCCUAGUUAUAAUCAUAACCUUCCUCAAAAAUCAGCAGUAAGAAAACUGCAUAUCAUCCACUGCCUGCUGAGGACACUCCUAAGGAAGUUCCUGAUUUUUUCAGUGUAGGGACUCCCAGGUAGAUUAGUCAUGUUUGGAUGUUCAGACCUUGACAUGGCUCAGAAAUGGAGUGAAUCUUGGAACCAUGCAGUGUUGUUCCCAUGGAGUGGAUGGCUACCUGCUUAGACUGUUUUACCAUAGAACUGACCAGUGUCAAGGGUUUAAGAGGUAAAUUCCAGUGGAUUAAUCUUUAAUUAACUGAUAGGUGAAGACUUGGUGAAUGUUUUGGACUAUUAAUCACCAAAUCCAUGUUCCUUUUUAACUUAUCUCUGGACCCUCAGUGAUGCAAUGCGUUUGCCCUUGUAGUGAAGUUUUCUCAUUCUGUUAGGUUAAAUAUUCAUUAAUUUGUCCUUGGUGUAUUUAUUUUGUCAUUACAGAGAAAAAUUAACCGAGAAUGUGUAGGAAUGAGGCCCAUGAUUCCAUAGAUUGUGAUGGUGAUGGAUGGUGUUGACGACAUUUUUCCCUUUUUUGUUUUGUUUUUUGGCUUGGGGUAAGGUCGUAAGGGUACUGAGGGGUUGGUGAUGGGGUCCUGAGACUGCACAGUGGCAAUGGUGGUGGUACGACAACUUGGUACUGGUGGUCUAGGCUGUAGAGGGUUGCAGAUGACGAUACCAUCCGUUUAUUCUUAACAGGUGGGGAUUCGGAACAGCGCCUCCCACUUAUAAGUUCAAAUGUUGCCCCCUUUAUUUCCCAGCUGGUUUCUCUCUCCAAUCAUACUUCUCAUUGUCCAUGGCUCCAAAUCUUGCAAUCUGGAAGCUUUCAUGUGUUGGGAUUCUUGGUUGUACAUUUGGCAGCUAAGAUGAUUAGUAGUUGGGAGUUGGGACUCUCAGCCAAAAAGUGUACUUAUAUUUUAAGCAUACGAUGAAUUUGUGGAGGCAUCAUAUCCAA